CGUGGUCUCUCCGCGGCGGCGGCGGUGGCGGCGGCGUCUUUUCUCCGCGAGCGGCGGCCGCCCGGGGCAUGACUCUGCCGCAGCCCAGCCGCUGCUCUGCUCCGGGGGGUGCGCGGGGCCGCCGGCCGCGGCCGUAACCUCGCCCCGAAGGGGGGGCCAGCCGCGGGGCGGGGAGGCCAGGAGAGCGCCGGGCUCCCCGGCAGCGCCCGCCCCUCGGAGGGGCCAGAAGGCGAGGGAGCGACUUUGGGUUAUUCCCCCCCCCCACCUCCUCCACGUUUCCGUGCUUAGCCCCCCCCCACCCCACCCCGGUGCUGCGUGCGGGGGGCUGGGACCCAGCGGCCGCCCGGCUCCCAUGGCCGGCUGGUGGAGGCAGCUCGCCGCUGCAGGUUGCUGAGGAGCGGACGGGGACGGAGCGCCCAGGACCGGGCGAGGACUGAAGAAAUGCUGAUUUCAGUAAUUUGCAAAAAAUAGCGUAUGGAUUUUUAGCAACUGAAGAACAAGAUAAGGUCUCGAGUCUGGAUAUUGGUUGUGGUUUUUUUAAAAAAAAAUUUAUGAUUAUUAUUUUUGAUUGGCUUUUUUCCCCUUCCCUUGUGGAUGUGAACUGAAGACCUACAGAGGAGUGCUGGACGAGGGAACAGGAGGACACUUACUUCAUUUUAUUUGGAAACACUCAUUGCCGCGGUACCUUCAAGUCAUAUUCCACAGUCAUGUGGUCAUCACAGCUGCUGUUCUUCACAAUGCUCUUAGCACCAGCAGUGCAUGCUUUCAGUCGUGCCCCAGUUCCUAUGGCCGUGGUCCGACGGGAACUGUCCUGUGAGAGCUAUCCAAUAGAACUUCGCUGCCCGGGAACAGAUGUCAUCAUGAUUGAAAGUGCCAACUAUGGGAGGACUGAUGAUAAAAUCUGUGACUCUGAUCCUGCUCAGAUGGAGAAUAUCCGCUGUUAUCUGCCAGAUGCCUAUAAGAUUAUGACUCAAAGAUGCAGUAAUCGUACACAGUGCGCAGUGGUAGCGGGCCCUGAUGUGUUUCCAGAUCCUUGCCCGGGAACGUACAAAUACCUGGAAGUGCAGUAUGAAUGUGUCCCCUACAAAGUGGAACAAAAAGUUUUUCUUUGUCCUGGCCUACUAAAAGGUGUAUACCAGAGUGAACAUUUAUUUGAGUCAGACCAUCAGUCUGGGGCUUGGUGCAAGGACCCUCUACAGGCUUCUGACAAGAUUUAUUACAUGCCCUGGACCCCGUAUAGAACGGACACCCUGACGGAGUAUUCUUCCAAGGAUGAUUUCAUAGCUGGGAGACCAACGACUACCUAUAAACUCCCUCACCGGGUGGAUGGCACUGGAUUUGUAGUGUACGAUGGGGCUUUGUUCUUCAACAAGGAGCGAACCAGGAAUAUAGUCAAGUUUGACUUGAGGACAAGAAUAAAAAGUGGGGAGGCUAUCAUAGCAAAUGCCAAUUACCAUGACACCUCUCCUUACAGGUGGGGAGGCAAGUCUGACAUAGACCUGGCGGUUGAUGAGAACGGGCUAUGGGUAAUCUAUGCAACCGAACAAAACAAUGGCAAAAUUGUCAUUAGCCAGUUAAACCCUUACACCUUAAGGAUCGAAGGGACGUGGGAUACAGCCUAUGACAAAAGGUCAGCUUCCAACGCUUUCAUGAUCUGUGGGAUUUUAUAUGUGGUUAAGUCUGUGUAUGAAGAUGACGACAACGAAGCCACAGGAAAUAAGAUAGACUAUAUUUACAAUACUGACCAAAGCAAGGAUAGUCUGGUGGAUGUUGCCUUUCCAAACUCUUACCAGUACAUCGCUGCUGUGGAUUAUAACCCCAGGGACAACCUCCUUUAUGUAUGGAACAACUAUCAUGUGGUGAAAUAUUCUUUGGAUUUUGGACCACUGGACAGCAGAUCAGGGCAGGCACACCAUGGGCAGGUUUCCUACAUUGCUCCACCAAUUCAUCUUGAUUCAGACCCGGAGAGACCGCCUUCAAAGGAAGUAUCGACAUCUGGGGCGCAUGGCAUGGGAAGCACCACCACCAGCACCCCUCUUCUCCUCACUGCCACAAGCACCGGGCGCACCACCACCACCUCGGCCGCGGGCAGAAGGAACAGGAGCACAAGCACGCCCUCUCUGGUGGUAGAUGUCCCCAAUGAAAUGACUACACCCCUUCCACCUGCCUCCUCCCAGCUCCCCGCUGUAGGGGCAGAGAGCUGUGAUGCUGUGGAAGCCCGUGAGAUCAUGUGGUUUAGGACCCGGCAAGGACAGAUGGCAAAGCAGCCCUGCCCUAUGGGAACAGUAGGUGUUUCAACUUUCCUGUGUGUCGCUCCUGAUGGGAUCUGGGACCCACAAGGGCCGGACCUCAGCAACUGCUCUUCUCCUUGGGUCAACCACAUCACACAGAAGUUGAAGUCCGGGGAGACAGCUGCCAACAUUGCCAGAGAGCUUGCAGAGCAGACGAAAAAUCACUUGAACGCUGGAGACAUCACAUAUUCAGUCCGAGCCAUGGACCAACUGGUGGGCUUGCUGGAUGUGCAGCUCCGAAACCUGACUCCAGGUGGGAAAGACAGUGCUGCGCGCAGUUUAAACAAGCUUCAGAAAAGGGAGCGCUCUUGCAGGGCCUAUGUCCAGGCCAUGGUCGAGACAGUUAAUAACCUCCUGCAGCCGCAGGCUCUGAACGCAUGGAGAGACCUGACCGCAAGCGACCAGCUGCGCGCAGCCACCAUGUUGCUGGACACAGUGGAGGAAAGUGCCUUUGUGCUGGCCGAUAACCUCCUGAAGUCGGACAUUGUCAGGGAGAACACUGACAAUAUCCAACUGGAAGUUGCAAGGCUAAGCACCGAUGGGAAUUUGGAAGACCUGAAAUUUCCACAGAACUUGGGCCAUGGAAGCGCCAUCCAGCUGUCGGCAAAUACGUUGAAACAAAAUGGUCGAAAUGGUGAAAUCAGGGUGGCUUUUGUGCUGUAUAACAACCUGGGUCACUAUCUCUCCACGGAGAACGCCAGCAUGAAGUUGGGAACAGAGGCCAUGUCAACCAAUCACUCUGUCAUAGUCAACUCCCCCGUCAUUACAGCAGCAAUAAACAAAGAGUUCAGCAAUAAGGUUUAUCUAGCUGAUCCUGUGGUGUUUACAGUCAAGCACAUCAAGCAGUCAGAAGAAAUUUUCAACCCUAACUGUUCAUUCUGGAACUAUUCAAAACACACGAUGACAGGGUAUUGGUCAAAGCAAGGGUGUCGGCUUCUGACCACAAACAAGACACACACCACAUGUUCCUGUAAUCACCUCACCAACUUUGCAGUCUUGAUGGCACAUGUGGAAGUCAAGCACAGCGACACGGUCCACGACCUGCUCCUGGAUGUUAUCACGUGGGUCGGCAUUCUGCUGUCACUCGUCUGCCUCCUGAUCUGCAUCUUCACCUUUUGCUUUUUCCGCGGACUCCAGAGUGACAGGAACACAAUUCACAAGAACUUGUGCAUCAGCCUGUUUGUGGCCGAGCUCCUCUUCCUCAUCGGGAUCAAUCGAACGGAUCAGCCAAUCGCCUGUGCUGUGUUUGCUGCCCUCCUGCACUUCUUUUUCCUGGCGGCAUUCACCUGGAUGUUCCUGGAGGGGGUGCAGCUAUACAUCAUGCUGGUGGAGGUGUUUGAGAGUGAACACUCGCGAAGGAAGUACUUCUAUCUGGUUGGCUACGGAAUGCCCGCGCUCAUCGUGGCUGUCUCAGCGGCCGUCGACUACAGGAGCUAUGGCACAGAUAAAGUAUGUUGGCUCAGACUUGACACCUACUUCAUUUGGAGCUUUAUAGGACCAGCGACCUUGAUAAUUAUGCUUAAUGUAAUCUUCCUGGGGAUUGCUCUCUAUAAAAUGUUCCAUCAUACUGCCAUCCUGAAACCUGAAUCCGGCUGUCUCGACAAUAUCAACUAUGAGGAUAACAGACCCUUCAUCAAGUCAUGGGUUAUAGGUGCAAUAGCCCUACUCUGCCUCUUAGGACUGACCUGGGCCUUUGGACUUAUGUAUAUUAAUGAAAGCACAGUCAUCAUGGCAUAUCUCUUCACCAUUUUCAAUUCCCUGCAGGGAAUGUUUAUAUUCAUUUUCCAUUGUGUCCUCCAGAAAAAGGUACGUAAAGAAUAUGGAAAAUGCCUGCGCACACAUUGCUGUAGUGGGAAAAGUACAGAGAGCUCCAUCGGCUCAGGAAAAACAUCUGGGUCACGGACUCCAGGACGGUAUUCCACAGGCUCACAGAGCCGGAUCCGUAGAAUGUGGAAUGACACAGUUCGAAAGCAGUCCGAGUCUUCCUUUAUUACCGGAGAUAUAAACAGUUCAGCUUCACUCAACAGAGGAGCCAUGGCUAAUCAUCUUAUAACCAAUGCUCUGCUUCGUCCUCAUGGCACUAACAACCCUUAUAAUACAUUGCUCGGGGAAUCGGCGGUCUAUAACAACCCUUCUGUCAGCAUGUACAACACACAAGAGCCCUACAGAGAGACAAAGGGGCUUCUGAACAAUGCCAGGGAUACAAGUGUCAUGGAUACUCUACCACUGAAUGGUAACCACGGCAACAGCUACAGCAUCGCCAGCGGCGAGUACCUGAGCAACUGUGUGCAAAUCAUUGACCGUGGGUAUAAUAACCACACCGAGACUGCCCUAGAGAAAAAGAUCCUGAAGGAACUCACCUCCAACUACAUCCCUUCCUAUCUGAACAACCACGAGCGCUCCAGCGAACAGAACAGGAACCUGGUGAACAAACUCGUCAACAACAUCGGCAGCGCGACCGAGGACGACGCCAUCGUCCUCGAUGACGCCACCUCCUUCAACCACGAGGAGAGCCUGGGCCUGGAACUCAUCCACGAAGAGUCCGACGCCCCCUUGCUGCCGCCAAGGGUUUAUUCCGCCGAGAACCACCAGCCGCACCACUACACCAGGAGACGGAUCCCGCAAGACAACAGUGAGAGCUUUUUCCCCUUGCUAACCAACGAGCACACAGAAGACCACCAGUCACCCAACAGGGAUUCUCUGUAUACCAGCAUGCCUGCACUGGCUGGCAUGCCCGUCACAGAAAGCGUUACCACCAGCACCCAGACCGACCCCCCCACGGCCAAAACUGGUGAUGCCGACGAUGUGUACUACAAAAGCAUGCCAAAUCUAGGCUCCAGGAACCACGUCCAUCAGCUACACACUUACUACCAGCUGGGGCGAGGGAGCAGUGAUGGUUUUAUAGUCCCACCGAGCAAAGACGGGACUUCCCCUGAAGGGAGUUCCAAAGGACCUGCUCACUUGGUCACUAGUCUAUAGAAGAUUAAGCAAAAAUGUAAAACAACCAACGUCCCCUCCCUCUUGUCCCUAACACCUGGUUUACCGUUCUGAGUUAAUACAAGCAGUGGUAAUAUUGUGCGUACUCCUAAAUCUUCGUGCUGUUCUAAAAAACAAACAAACGGUCAGACUUUUUUUUUUACUGGAAUUUUUAGGCCAGCCCGGGGAGAAUAAUAACUCAUGAAAUUCCACCCCUUUCCUCCCCUCCCUCUCUCAGACAGACUUCAUUAUGUUAAUGAAAGAGAUACAACAGAUAAUGGCACACUUCGUGGCCUUCUCAAGUUAUGCUGUGUUUGUUUAAACAUCCUUGAUGCUCUGUUGCUAUUAUUACUGAGGAGCUGAUUUAAAAAAAAAGAAAAGGCCAAAACGUGCGUUUGAAACUAGUAGAGAGGACGCAUCUCGGUGGGAGUGCUGCACAAAGAACAAACAACAACAAAAAAUAGCCAACCUCUUUAUUAUGAAUCUGUAUCACAUAAUGGUUUUUGGUCACUCACAACUUGAUUUAACUGCAGCGCGCUUAGCUGUGGGAGCAAACAAAACAAAAUCUAAUGAAACGGAAGGGAAUUCUAGAAUUAUAUAUGCUACACGCAUAUUUUAUGUUUUGCUGUAUUAACUGAUAAAAAAAACUAAUGGCAGAAAAAAAAAAUUGAACAAUUUCUAUGUAAUGUACAGAUACUAGCAUUGCACAUAUAGUCUGCUUUUUGUUCCUCCAGAACUUGCGUCCCUGUUAAUGUAGUGGAAGAAAAAAAAAACUUUUUCUGUUGUGCUGGUCUUGCAAAUUUGUCCACCAGUAGGAGCAAGGUUUUUCAUAAAUCCUUUUUUGCCAUUUUAUUCUUUAAAAAUGUCACUGGGCAAAAAAAAAAAAAACACAAAAAAACAAAACAAAAAAAAGUCACUUUCUAAGGCUCGUAUUCUAGUAAUACGAUCACAAAUUCUUUCCAACCGAUGGAAUUUUCUUUUCUCAUGCUUUCUCUUUCUUCAGUCGGUGUAUUGCCAACAGAAAUUUUGCAGAUUAGAGCAGGGCAAACUUUAUGUUUACAGUGCACAACUGAUAAUAAUAAUAAUAAUAAUAUGAAGCAUAUUUGGCAAGCCGUCCCUCACCCAGGCAGUAGGCACGGUACUAGAAGCCAAGAGAUCUCUUAUAGUUAUAGCUGGGCUUCUGCAUGUGAAAACAAUAUCCCUGUAGGAGUUAAGAGUCUUCAGGCCUCAGUCUGGUUCCCGAUCUAGGCACUUGUACUGCAGUGGUUAAAAAAAAGAAAUUUGACUGUCUUUUAACAAGAAUUUGAAAACCAACUAUUUUGACGUGAUUAAAAAAAUCCUCUGUUCGUUAUUUUCCUAACAGGGAAUUUAUUUAUUUGACAGGAUUUGAAGUAAUGUAGGCUUUCCGGAGGUAAAUUAGCAGCACAGAUUAUAAUUUUUUUUUAAUUUAUGAUCCAUUUUGUAUGGUCUCAAAGUUGAAUGACCUCAUUACUAAUAUUUGUUGUAAAAGUGAAACUUGUUUGCCAACCAAUAAACAACUGAUUAAGAUUUAGAAGAUA